UAUAUAUUUUGAAAUGUUGCGUUCGUAAUCUAAGCUAUAUAAACGCAUUACAGUUUUUCAGAGUAAUUUAGUGUUAUAUUUGCAAUAAUACUGUUGUUAAACUGAAAAUACUAGAUGAUGGCUUCGCUCCACGUUUGUUCUCACUGACCGGAAUAGAAUGGAAAAGUUGUCAUCAUCAACAAUAAAGUUGAUACACGUCGUUUUUUUCUCAGGUUAAUUGUUUCCGAAAUUAGUAUUUUACCGAAGACUGUGGUUUAAUUUUGUGGAACUUUAAUUAUCUUCCUAGACCAUGACCACUGGAAAUAUCAUCCAAGAUGUUGACACCGGUCACUCAGAUAUGAUUCAUGAUGCCCAAAUGGAUUAUUAUGGCAUCAGAUUGGCUACCUGUUCUUCUGAUAAAACUGUUAAAAUAUUUGAUGUUCGUAGUGGCUCACAAAAGAUAGUUGCUACUCUAAAAGGCCAUGAUGCACCUGUGUGGCAAGUUGCUUGGGCUCACCCAAUGUUUGGUGUUAUGCUGGCAUCUUGUUCCUACGAUAGAAAGGUCAUUAUCUGGAAAGAAACAGAUGGCACUUGGGAAAAUAUAUAUGAAUACAACAAGCAUGAUUCUUCAGGUUGAUCUUCUCCAUACUUU